CGCGGCUUUGGCGCAUUUUCGGCUGGUUUGAUUCAUCCAUUUUGAAGAGACGGGGGAGCGGGGGGCUCGUCUGAUCCAAGGACCCCGAAUCAAGAAGCGGCGGAGUUUGAGACACCAGCAGCUAGGGGCUCGGCGGUAGCGGCUCCAUCGGCCGAAGUUCGGGGGGGGUGGGGCGCCGAGCGCGCGGGGUGGGGGGGGGUCCUGGUCUUUGGCUUCUCGACUCGGUCCUGUUUCGACAGCAAACAUGUCUCGGCCUGUCAGAAAUAGGAAGGUCGUUGAUUAUUCACAGUUUCAGGAAUCGGAUGAUGCAGAUGAAGAUUAUGGAAGAGAUUCAGGCCCUCCUGCUAAGAAGAUUCGAUCAUCUCCCCGAGAAGCUAAAAAUAAGAGACGAUCUGGAAAGAAUUCACAAGAAGAUAGUGAGGACUCAGAAGAAAAAGAUGUGAAGACCAAGAAGGAUGAUUCUCAUUCAGCAGAGGACAGCGAAGAUGAAAAAGAUGAUCAUAAAAAUGUACGCCAGCAACGGCAGGCAGCAUCUAAAGCAGCUUCUAAACAGAGAGAGAUGCUUAUGGAAGAUGUGGGCAGUGAGGAGGAGCCAGAGGAAGAGGAUGAGGCACCAUUCCAGGAGAAAGAUUCCGGUAGCGACGAAGAUUUCUUAAUGGAAGAUGAUGAUGAUAGUGACUAUGGCAGUUCAAAAAAGAAAAACAAAAAGAUGGUUAAGAAGUCCAAACCUGAGAGAAAAGAAAAGAAAAUGCCCAAACCCAGGCUAAAGGCUACAGUGACACCAAGUCCAGUGAAAGGCAAAGGGAAAGUGGGUCGCCCCACAGCUUCAAAGACAUCAAAGGAAAAGACUCCUUCUCCCAAAGAAGAUGACGAGGAACCAGAAAGUCCUCCAGAAAAGAAGACAUCUGCAAGUCCCCCACCUGAGAAAUCUGGGGAUGAAGGGUCUGAAGAUGAAGCCCAGUCUGGGGAGGAUUAAAAGUGAUAAUAGUUUGGGGAGAAGUUUUAUUAAAAAAAGAAGAAAAGAGGGGGAAAAGAGAGCCUACUUAAGAUAGAACAUGGUUUUGGCUAUGGCUUGAGUUACAGGCUUACAAUGCUUUUUUCCAUUUGUUGAAAAUAACCUCUCUCUCUUUCUCUCUCUGAAAAUCAUUGUAUGUUGAAGUGUUUAAGUUACCUUUUGGUCUGUUAGUCUUCUCUUUGCCACCCCUCCCCCCUUUUCCCAAUGAAAGCCAUGUCAAAUUAAUCACUGGAUUGACUGCUUCAUCUUUUUAUUUUUUUUAUUGGAAGGUAUACCACAGUUGUAAAGCAAUAAGAUUUGAGGUGAACACUAUGGAAACUUUGUUUUCUUUUGUUUUGUUUUGUUUUUGCUAAAGAGUAGCAAGUUAAAUAGUAAUCAAAAUGCAAAAAGGUGUUAGUUAAAAAUUAUUGCUUCUUCCUCUGCCUGGACUUUUAAAAAUCAUUUGUCAUCUAUAUGAGUUUAUAUGUCUAUAUACAUAAGUAUAACUGUCUAAAAAAAUCAUGACUCUAAACUUCCACUGAUGAAGCAGGUAGGAGAUAAAGAUGAAUUCUGAAUUGUUACUAAAAGUACUCAUAUUUUUUACCUUGGGCAUGGGAGGGAAUGGGGUUGGCUGAUCUUGUUUGGGGUGUGGGUUUUCUUUUUUUAUUUCAUCACUUGUUAUCUCAACAAGACUUGGAGCCAGUGAUCCUUUCAUUCUGCUUCAGUCUUUAAGGAGCUUAAAAAAUACAGGGGCUGCCAAACUGAAUUCACCCUUGAUUUCAUAUUUCAUUCUCUAAUGCUUCAUGUUUUUAAAAUGUAUAGUAUAUCCUGUUUUUGGAUAAGAUUUACCAAGGAUCAAAAAAAGCAAAAAGACACCUUAGAGUUUAAAUGGCAAGAUGAAUCUACAUAACACAGUGGAUUUCUUCUCAUACUGACAAUGUUUAGGUUUUUUAAAGAAAUAAAAUUUCAGUUAAUGUGAAGCUCAGUCACAAAGGGUUGAGAUUUUUUUUCCUUUGUUAAAACAGAGUUGAAAUUCUUUUGUGCUAUAAAUGAGCAUUCAGAUCCCAUGAACCACGCUGUUAUUAUUUGGGGAUAGAAUAUUUUUCCUUUUUAUACUCCAGUCUUCCCUUUUCUUUGUAGAAACAUGAUAUGAAGUACACCUCUCUGCUUCCUGCUGCUACACAGAGUGCCAGUGCAUACCCUGUCCCCAGUCCCUACCAGUUCUACUAGAGGACACUAUUUUUCUGGCUCUUCACUUACUGCCCAAAUGAGAAGUAUAAUGAAUGCUGCUUCUAUGCUGUUGAGUUUGUUUUUGCCAUAGUUUGCUUUUGCUUAAGGUCUUUUUGUCUGACCCUCUAGCUACUGUUUGUGUUUCUCAAAGCAGAAGACAGACUCAACAGGAUUUCAUAAAACAUGCAUUUUACGAUGCCCCUGUGCUGUUGAAAACAGACUUUUUACAUGCCUUAGGAAAGCAGCUGGGAGAUAGAUCUAUAGGUUUGAUCUUCCAUAUCCUGAUACCGUGAGCUAAUGGGAGCAAAGUUUAGAGGUCCUAGUAUGCCAAUAAACUGAAAUUUUAAUGAAAUUUAGUUUCUGCAUUUUUCCUGCAUUUAAUGUAGAUUUGCUUCUCCAAUAUCCUACUUUUGUAGUUUUUUUCUUUUAAGUUGACAGCAUGUUUUUCUCAGACAAUGUGGCUUUCUUGCAGGUAUUCUUAGGACAAAGGGUUAUUUUAGGAAUAUUUUUACUCUGGUUUUUAAGACACUUUAAAGAACAUUCUUAACUCUUGACUUUUUUUUUAAAAAA